GAGGGAAGGAGCACGGAAUACCGGGAGGGAGUCGGGCAGAGCAUCCCCACGGCAAUGUCCAAGGGCUUGAAGAAGAAAAGCCACUGGACGAGCCGAGUCCACGAGAUCGUGAUCGUGAGGAACCCGGAGGGGCAGCUGGGCUUCGAGCUGAAGGGGGGCGCCGAGAACGGGCAGUUCCCCUACCUGGGGGAGGUGAAGCCCGGCAAGGUGGCCUAUGAGGGCGGCAGCAAGUUAGUGCCGGAGGAGCUGCUGCUGGAGGUGAACGAGACCCCCGUGGCCGGGCUCACCAUCAGGGAUGUGCUGGCCGUGAUCAAGCACUGCAAGGACCCCAUCCGGCUCAAGUGCGUCAAGCAAGGAGGCAUUGUUGAUAAGGACCUUCGUCACUACCUCAAUUUGCGGUUUCAGAAAGGUUCGGUAGACCAUGAGCUCCAGCAGAUCAUAAGAGACAAUCUCUAUCUCCGCACUGUGCCAUGCACCACAAGGCCACAUAAGGAGGGGGAAGUCCCUGGUGUGGACUAUAUUUUCAUCACCGUUGAAGAUUUUAUGGAAUUGGAGAAAAGUGGUGCUCUCUUAGAAAGUGGAACAUAUGAAGACAACUAUUACGGCACCCCAAAGCCUCCAGCAGAACCGGCUCCACUGCUGUUAAAUGUAACAGAUCAGAUCCUCCCAGGUGCCACUCCCGGGGCUGAAGGCAAACGUAAAAGGAAUAAGUCUGUGAGCAAUAUGGAAAAGACAGGUAUUGAGCCACCAGAGGAAGAAGAGGAAGAAAGACCUGUGGUCAAUGGAAAUGACGUGACGGUAACACCAGAAUCAAGUGAACAUGAAGAGAAGAGUACAGGUGUCUCAGGUGAGAUAUCUUCCACCCAACCUUGUCCUGCACCAGGAUAUACUCAGCCUGAGGAAGCAAAGGAGGAUAUGGAUGUAACAAAGCAGACUAAGCCUGAAGAGAAUGAUGACUUGGGCCCACUGCCUGAUAACUGGGAAAUGGCUUAUACAGAAAAGGGGGAAGUCUACUUUAUUGACCAUAACACAAAGACAACAUCAUGGCUGGAUCCACGACUUGCGAAAAAGGCUAAACCUCCAGAAGAGUGCAAAGAAAAUGAGCUUCCAUAUGGCUGGGAGAAAAUUGAUGAUCCCAUUUAUGGCACUUAUUAUGUUGACCACAUAAAUCGAAGAACACAAUUUGAAAACCCUGUCCUAGAAGCAAAAAGGAAGCUACAGCAGCAUAACAUGCCCAACGCAGAACUUGGAACAAAGCCUAUGCAGGCCCAAGGUUUCCGAGAAAAACCACUCUUCACCCGUGAUGCAUCACAGCUGAAGGGGACUUUCCUCAGCACAACUCUUAAGAAAAGCAACAUGGGCUUUGGAUUUACCAUCAUUGGUGGGGAUGAGCCAGAUGAGUUUCUCCAGGUGAAGAGUGUAAUUCCUGAUGGGCCUGCAGCACAAGAUGGGAAAAUGGAAACAGGUGAUGUCAUUGUCUAUAUUAAUGAAGUUUGUGUCCUUGGACAUACUCACGCAGAUGUAGUCAAACUCUUCCAGUCUGUUCCUAUUGGUCAGAGUGUCAACUUGGUGCUAUGUCGUGGAUACCCUUUGCCCUUUGAUCCUGAAGAUCCUGCCAACAGCAUGGUGCCACCCCUUGCAGUAAUGGAGAGGCCUCCGGUAGUGGUAAAUGGAAGACAUAACUAUGAAACUUAUUUGGAAUACAUUUCUAGGACUUCUCAGUCUGUUCCAGACGUAACAGAUCGACCACCACACUCCUUGCACUCCAUUCCAGCAGAUAGUCAGCUUGAUAGCACAUUCCCACCACCUGCCCAUGAUGAUAAUGUAUCAAUGGCUUCUUCUGGGGCCACCCAAGCUGAACUCAUGACCUUAACCAUUGUGAAAGGGGCCCAGGGCUUUGGCUUCACUAUAGCAGACAGUCCUACAGGACAGAGGGUGAAGCAAAUUCUAGACAUUCAGGGAUGUCCUGGUUUGUGUGAAGGUGACCUCAUUGUUGAGAUCAACCAGCAGAAUGUACAGAACCUGAGCCAUGCAGAAGUAGUGGAUAUACUUAAAGAAUGUCCUGUUGGAAGUGAAACUUCUUUGAUUAUCCAUAGAGGAGGUUUCUUUUCUCCAUGGAAAACUCCAAAGCCUAUGAUGGAACGAUGGGAAAAUCAAGGCAGCCCUCAAACAAGCCUGUCUGCUCCAGCUAUGCCACAGAAUAUUCCCUAUCCACCCGCUCUUCACAGGAGUUCAUUUCCCGAUUCAACAGAGGCCUUUGAUCCACGAAAACCUGACCCAUACGAGCUGUAUGAGAAAUCAAGAGCUAUUUAUGAAAGUAGGCAACAAGUGCUGCCCAGGACUGGUUUUCGAGCGGAUUCCUCUGGUCCCGAUUACAAGGAGCUGGAUGUUCACCUUCGAAGAAUGGAGUCUGGGUUUGGCUUCAGGAUCCUGGGUGGAGAUGAGCCUGGCCAGCCUAUUCUCAUCGGAGCAGUAAUUGCCAUGGGCUCAGCAGACCGAGAUGGUCGUCUCCAUCCUGGUGAUGAGCUGGUGUAUGUAGACGGGAUUCCAGUGGCCGGCAAAACCCACCGAUAUGUGAUUGAUCUUAUGCAUAAUGCUGCCCGAAACGGGCAAGUGAAUCUUACUGUGAGGAGAAAGGUGCUACCUACAGAGUCCUCCAGCCAGAAAGGUCCCCCUCCGCCGGGCGCGACACCCCCUCGCAGCUCCCCCAGCGCUAGGAAAAUGGCCAAUAACCAAGGAGAACCGUGCCCAGAGAAUGGCAGAAGCCCAGGCUCAGUGUCUACGCACCACAGUUCUCCAAGAAGUGACUACACUACUUAUGCUAACAGUAAUCACGCUGUCUCUAGUAGCAAUGCUACACCCCCCGAGGGCUUCACUUCUCACAGCCUGCAAACCAGUGAUGUGGUGAUCCACCGCAAGGAGAAUGAAGGCUUUGGCUUUGUUAUCAUCAGUUCCCUGAACAGACCUGAAUCUGGGUCCACAAUAACUGUACCCCAUAAAAUAGGGCGGAUAAUUGAUGGAAGUCCUGCAGAUCGCUGUGCAAAACUUAAAGUUGGAGACCGGAUCUUAGCUGUGAAUGGCCAGUCUAUUAUAAACAUGCCUCAUGCAGAUAUUGUGAAGCUAAUUAAAGAUGCAGGUCUCAGUGUAACUCUUCGCAUCAUUCCUCAGGAGGAGCUGAAACAGCCCAGCCUCGGCCCCAGCUCGGAGAAGCAGAGCCCCAUGGCCCAGCAGCACAGCCCCAUGGCCCAGCAGAGUCCCCUGGCGCAAGCAAGAGCCCCGUCGCCCAGCACAGCCCCGUUGCCCAGCCACCACCCUCCACAGCCCCUCCAGCUGCAGGGACACGAAAACAGUUACAGGUCAGAAGUAAAAGCCAGACAGGAUGUGAAACCUGAUAUCCGGCAACCUCCAUUUACAGACUACAGGCAGUCCUCUCAACAGACUACCCACAGCACUGCCCUCCGCGACUACAGGCAUCCUCCAGUGAUGGAUUACCAGCAGCCACCACCUCUCGACUACAGGCAGCCACCCUUAAUAGAUUACAGGCAGCAUUCGCCCGACACCAGGCAGUACCCUCUGUCAGAGUACAGGCAGCCCCAGGACUUUGAUUAUUUCACCGUUGAUUUGGAGAAAGGAGCCAAAGGUUUUGGGUUUAGUAUUCGAGGAGGAAGGGAGUACAAAAUGGAUUUGUAUGUGUUGAGGUUAGCAGAAGAUGGGCCAGCAAUAAGAAAUGGAAGGAUGAGGGUAGGAGAUCAAAUAAUUGAAAUCAAUGGAGAAAGCACAAGGGACAUGACACAUGCCAGAGCAAUAGAGCUAAUCAAGUCUGGUGGCAGAAGAGUGCGACUGUUGUUGAAACGUGGAACAGGACAGGUCCCAGAAUAUGGAAUGGUACCUUCCAGUCUCUCCAUGUGCAUGAAAAGUGACAAGCAUGGGUCCCCAUAUUUCUACUUAUUGGGCCACCCUAAAGACACGACGAACCAAACUCCUGGAGUGCUCCCUCUGCCACCUCCCCAGGUCUGCCGGAAGUAGCUCUUUCCCUCGAUGACAUUAUCUCACCAUUAUCUUCAUCACACAUAGCCCCACCCUCUGACCCUUCUCACCAGAUAAGCCCAGAGCCAACAUGGGAUAUCAAGAGGGAACACGAUGUAAGGAAACCAAAGGAGCUUUCGGUGAACGGUCACAAAAAGAAAAGGUUAGGAGAACAAAGAGAAAGGUCAGCAAGUCCUAAAAAGGUAGACAGGUCAAAGCAUGAAGAAGCAUCUUGGAAAGGAUAUUCAGAAGGCAAAAAUAAGACCACUGAUGGUGGCAGGCCCACCUCAGAAAGCAAAGUGGUGGGACACAGCAUUAUGAUCGAGGCUGGCACGAGAGAGCACGUGUGUGCUGGAACCAGUGAUGAACAGUUUGGGAGGCUGAGGAAGCCGGAAAGCAAGAGAGGAGGAUCUCUUAGCAAAAAAGAAGAUCACAAAUCUGCAAAUACCAGUGAGAAGAAACCAGCUGCAGCACCCGACCAUGUCAAGCUUGAUACGGGUGCUACCAAGACAUACAGUAGCAACCGCUGCAGCUCGCCUGGAAGUGAUAUGGACCACAGCCAGAGGGACCCUGAUGGGAAACCCAGCGAGUUCCCCAGGAAGGGACAUCUCCACUCCAUUAGCACUCGCAGCACCAACACCACAGUUCGAAAGGCAACGGUCUCCCCAGGGCCGUGGAAAAUCCCUGGCUCAGAUAAGCUACCUAGCGUCCUGAAGUCUGGUACGUCUGCCAUGAGCAGAUAAGCUAGGGACUGUUGCCCUCUAACUGUCUCAAACUGAUGCAGAACAUUCUUCUUAGUUUUUGUCUCACAUUGGUUUGUUUUAAUUUAUUUUAACUAUCACACAUAUACACAAAGCAUUGAGGAAUGAAAACAUUAGUGUGUAAUUCCAUGACAAUGUGCACAGUAUCUAAGAAGUUCAAAAGCAUAUAGUCAACACAGAGAUUUAAAAUCGACCCUAAAGUCCCAAUUCCAUUUUAGGGACUUUGGCAGCUAUGGAAGAAACCAAAACAAUAUGAAGGACAGUACAUCAGAGAAGGAUAGUGCAGUGUAGCUUUAGCAUUUUUUUCCCACUGCAUGAAGGACUUGGAUUUCAUUCAAACUUUAUAUCAAGAAACUGGAACAAGUUAGAGCAAUCACAAACUGGAACAUCGCCUUAAAUAAAACUGCACGGAGCAAGCUGAAACCGAGAGAGGAUCUUUUCAUGGAGCUAAAAUGUUGUAAAUAAAUUGUUCUCGACAUAUCUA